AGCAUUAAGCGGGACAUGGCCUUCACAUUUCAUUCUGAGGACUUAAAACGUGACUGUGGUAAAAAAACAACUCAUCAGCCUUUGUUCCCCUUGGCCAUGGAGGAAGAGGUGAAAACAGCAGACACCAAAAAACUCAGCCGAGUCCUUGACCAUGACAAAGAAAACACUCGCUCCGUCUGUCUCCUUGAGCAAAAACGAAAAGUUGUUUCUUCAAAUAUUGAUGUUCCUCCAGCAAGGAAAUCUUCAGAAGAACUGGAUAUGGACAAAGUAACAGCAGCGAUGGUAUUAACCAGCUUGUCUACCAGCCCGUUAGUUCGAAGUCCUCCUGUGCGGCCGAAUGAGGGCCUCAGCGGAUCCUGGAAGGAAGGAGGAUGCGUGCCUUCCAGCAGCAGCAGCAGCGGCUACUGGAGCUGGAGUGCCCCCAGCGACCAGUCCAACCCGUCCACGCCUUCGCCACCACUCUCGGCCGACAGCUUCAAACCCUUCCGCACCCAGGCUCCGCCAGAUGAUGGCAUCGAUGAGUCAGAGGCCAGCAACCUCCUGUUUGAUGAGCCCAUUCCCAGGAAACGAAAGAAUUCCAUGAAAGUGAUGUUCAAAUGUCUUUGGAAAAACUGUGGGAAGGUGCUGAGCACUGCGGCCGGAAUCCAGAAGCACAUCCGGACCAUUCAUCUGGGGCGCGUCGGGGACUCUGACUACAGUGAUGGGGAAGAGGACUUCUACUACACAGAGAUCAAGCUCAACACUGACUCGGUGGCAGAUGGACUGGGCAGCCCAGCCCCAGCGUCCCCCUCGCAGUCCUUGGCUUCGCCUCCUAUCUUCCCCAUCCCGGAUUCAAGCCGAGCGGAAACUCCUUGUGCCAAAACGGAGACUAAACUGAUGACGCCCCUGAGCCGCUCUGCUCCCACCACCCUCUACCUCGUGCACACCGACCAUGCUUACCAGGCCACGCCCCCGGUGACCAUCCCGGGGUCGGCCAAGUUCACUCCCAAUGGGAGCAGCUUCAGCAUCUCCUGGCAGUCCCCUCCGGUCACCUUCACCGGCAUCCCAGUCUCACCAACACACAACAACCUGCUGGGUGCAGGAGAACAAAGACAGCACACUCACACGGUCCUGUCCUCUCCACCCAGAGGAACCAUCAGCCUAAGAAAGCCCAGAGGAGAGGGCAAAAAGUGCCGGAAGGUAUACGGCAUGGAGAACCGGGAUAUGUGGUGCACGGCCUGCCGCUGGAAGAAAGCCUGCCAGAGGUUCAUCGACUGA